AGGAGCUUUUCUGGCAGAUCGACUCUCUCUGAGCUCUCUCUUUCUCUCUCACACACUCACACACUAAACCAUGUAACGUUAACACGCUCCCAUUCUCUUCUUCUAUUCCUUAACCACAAGACGAUAACAUCACACACACACACACACACACGCAGUGACGUUUCACAAUUUUCCCAUUCAUCCCAAAGCUUACAUAUAAAAAAUGUUGAAUGGGGAGACGAUCGAGAUGCAGCUUUAGCAUUGUUUAUAUUUAUUUACAGAAAACCAUAAAAAGCUUUGACUUGGAAAAUCCUCUCCCACUCUGUAAUAUCUCUUUUCCCCUGUUCCCUUUUCCGCUACAAUGGCGGUGAAUUCCGCCAGCAUUGAUGAGUGCCAGGGUGCCCUAAGUGUUCCACUUUUAUCUGAUGGAGUCAACAAGAGUUCCAAAUGUGAAGUCGACAACCUCCUUGGAGAUCCUGGCUUGAAGAAGUCUCAGAUUUGCUUGGAUAACCAUCAAAAUUGCCAAAAUGACGCUAGUGUAAAGGUCGAUAUAAUGGAUGUUUAUGCCUCGUCUGCUCUAGAUAGUGAUAUUGAGAAAGGAAAGUUGGAGAUACCCAAAUCUAAUGCUGAAACCAACAUGACUGAAGAUUGUUUACCUAGAUUAAUGCAGAGAGAGAUUAGCUCACAUGCUGGAGAAAGAUUCAUGCAACUUCUGAUGAAAAGCAGUUUUGAGCUACCCAAAUUUGCAUCACGAGAUAAAUGUUUGACCCCUACAUGCCGAUCAAGAAAAUAUAAGCGAUCCGUAUCAUUCAAUUCGAGAAGAGUUGUUUUCCUGUUCUCAAUCUUGUAAGUUCAAAGCUAUACUACUUUAUUUUCAAAGCAAUUGUGUGCUUAUUUCGUUUGGUAAGUUAUAAAAAGCAGAGGACUUGCUGUAUUUAUGUUAUGCCUUUGAUUGUUCUAUAAUAUCGAAUCUACCCCCAUUGAGGAACAUAUAAAGUAGAAUUCUUGAUGGUUCCAGAAAAAUUCAAUAUUGCACGGAUAGGUGCAAAUUGUUUUUAGAGAGGAUUAUACUGGAUGCCUGUUGAAGAAUCUUUAGAGUUCUGUGAAAUCUUGAGGAGUGAGUGUCUUCAGUUGUACUUCAAUUGUUUGUUUCCAUUGCUGAACCAUUGGUAGCAAACAUAGUCUAAACUUACUGGUGGUUUUGGGGGAAGUUAUUUAUUAGAUCACACAAAAGCGGUGUUACUUUUGCUCAUGUGGAAUGAACCUAAAGCUGAGAACAAUAUAUGGCCUAUACAUGUUAAGCGUGAAGUUAAUGGUUAAAGAUUUGAACUCAUACCUUCAUCGGAAAUUCAAGUCUUGCAUGUACCUGAGAGUUUCGGGCAUAUUUUAAUGCUCAAAUCAAAUUUCUUUUGCUGCGUUCUUUUCUGUGGACUACAAAAUGAUACAAUCUCAUCAAUACACAUAAUUACAUCAUGGCAGAGAAUUAGAAGUCUUUCAUUUAUUUAACUAAUUUCUAACUCAAUUUCUUUUAUGUGUAGAUCCAGUAUGGGGACAAUUAUACUUAUAUAUCUGACUUUGAGGGUGAGGCUGAUUAGCGAUACUUCUGCAAAUCUGUGAUUCAUUGCAAUUGCAGAGGAUUGCCAUGGAGCUACAUGUACUUUUUUUUUUCUUUUUUUUUUUUUGGAAAUAGUAUCGGUAGGAGGCUUUUGCUACUUCUAUGUACAUAAGAAGGCAGAAUAUGCAUCUUUUUCCUUUACAUCACAUUCCAAAUAGUCAAAAUUAGUGUAGUUUGCCCAUUAGAUUUUUCGGAUUUCUUCUACUCUUUUGGAUGAUUGGAAAGGAAAAGUGUUCUCUGGCAUUUUUUGUUCAUCACACUUCAGCAGUCCAAAGAGCAACAUUCUACAUUGUGCAUUUUCCCUGGCAAAGAUUGGGUUUGUACUUCUGUUUGCUUCCAGGAUUGCGGAGUAAGCAUUGAAGCAAAUAUGACUGAGAUAUGAUAAUAUACUGAAUUAAAAUUCUUGUGGCUUUGAACUUGGAAUCUGC